AUGGCGCUGCGGCGCCUCCUGCUGCUGCUGCUGCUCUCGCUGGAGUCCCUGGACCUGCUGCCCGGCGCCCACGGAGCCCGCGGCCGCGCCGCCAACCGGACCCUCAGCGCCGGCGCCGCUGCCGUCGGGGGCCGCCGGCCCGGGGGCGCCCUGGCCCGUGGCGGCCGCGAGCUGAACGGCACUGCCCGGGCGCCCGAGGCGGGGAACCGGCGGGGACAGCCCGCGGCGGCGGUGGCGGCGGCGGCCAGCGCGGCCGUCACCUAUGAGACGUGCUGGGGCUACUACGACGUGAGCGGCCAGUACGACAAGGAGUUCGAGUGUAACAACAGCGAGAGCGGCUACCUGUACUGCUGCGGCACCUGCUACUACCGCUUCUGCUGCAAGAAGCGCCACGAGAAGCUGGACCAGCGCCAGUGCACCAACUACCAGAGCCCGGUGUGGGUGCAGACGCCCAGCACCAAAGUGGUGUCGCCGGGGCCUGAGAACAAGUACGACCCCGAGAAGGACAGGACCAACUUCACCGUCUACAUCACCUGCGGGGUCAUCGCCUUCGUCAUCGUGGCCGGCGUCUUCGCCAAGGUCUCCUAUGACAAGGCCCAUCGCCCUCCGCGGGAGAUGAACAUCCACAGGGCUCUGGCUGACAUCUUAAGACAACAGGGACCCAUCCCCAUAGCACACUGUGAAAGAGAAACUAUCUCGGCUAUCGAUACCUCUCCCAAAGAGAACACGCCAGUCAGAUCGUCCUCCAAAAACCACUACACCCCUGUGCGUACAGCCAAGCAGACUCCAGAGAAGCCACGGAUGAACAACAUCCUGACAUCAGCCACCGAGCCCUAUGAUCUCUCCUUCUCCCGCUCUUUCCAGAACUUGGCCCACCUGCCCCCAUCCUACGAGUCUGCAGUGAAGACCAACCCCAGCAAGUACUCCUCUCUGAAAAGGCUAACUGACAAGGAGGCUGACGAGUAUUACAUGAGGCGGCGGCACCUGCCGGACCUGGCCGCCCGCGGCACCCUCCCCCUCAACGUCAUCCAGAUGUCACAACAAAAGCCCUUGCCACGGGAACGACCCCGCCGGCCCAUCCGGGCCAUGUCCCAGGACAGAGUCCUGUCCCCGCGGCGGGGCCUGCCCGAUGAGUUCGGCUUGCCCUACGACCCCAUCCUGUCUGAUGAGCGGCUGCUCUCCACCGAGCGCCUGCACUCGCAGGACCCGCUGCUGUCUCCGGAGCGGACGGCCUUUCCCGAGCAGGCGCUGUCCAGGGCCAUCUCGCACACGGACGUCUUUGUGUCCACACCCGUGCUGGACCGCUACCGCAUGACCAAGAUGCACUCCCAUCCCAGUGCCUCCAAUAACUCCUACGCCACCCUGGGCCAGAGCCAGACGGCGGCCAAGCGCCACGCCUUCGCCUCCCGCAGACACAACACGGUGGAGCAGCUGCACUACAUCCCAGGCCACCACACCUGCUACACGGCCAGCAAGACCGAAGUGACAGUGUGACCGGCGGGCAGGGCCGGGCUGCGGGCCGGGGCGGGGCAGGGCAGGGCCAGGGCGAAGCUUCUAGCCUUGCAGUUCUCCUUCCCCACAUCCCUCUGUAGGAGGUGGGGGUGCGCCACCUUUGUCCAGAAAGCCAUACCCCGGGACACAGCCCCGAUGGCCUCGUCCAACACACGCAGACCUGGGAUCUAGCGUGAUUUGUUCUCUCCCCGGAAGAGUCAACGCGGAGGGAGAAGGGGACUCGCCCCACUCUCACCCCCGCCACCUUCACCAACUCCCUUCCAGCCCCACAUCCCCUGGCCCCUUCCUGGGGACUCAGUGGCAGUUCUGUCAGCCAAGAGAGCCUCGCCUGAGCCUGGUCCGAAGCUGCCUGGGUUUGCAUUGGCCGGCAGGAGCAGUCAGCGGGCUGACCCAAUAGGCUACUUGGUCUCAUUCAUUUACCUAGAACCGCAUCACAGAAAACUUCUAGUGCCUAAAAACUGCCUGCUCGCUCUCUCAGAGCCAGGGAGCUGCUGUGUCCAUAAGCACAAUAAUGACCCUUUUCUUGCCUGCUGGGACCCUCUGGUCCCCACCAAGUGGCCCUUCCUUUGCCCCUCCCUGUCCCUGAGUUCUCCCCUCUGCCUCGGACAGGGUGGGGCCCGUCCCUUCAGCUGUCUCCCCAUUGUUGCCCUCUUCUUUGCAGGUGAGGGGUGGAAUGGGUGGGGGGCUCUGCUUCUUGCUGGCCCUGGGUGUUUUGCCCUGAGUUCUGUGGGGCUUUGGCUGUAGCCUUCCCAGAGGGGAGGAGCAAUGGGAAGCAGGGACUUUGGGGGUGCUCUCCCCAGCUGCCUAAUUAUCUCCACACCCCGAUCCCCAGGCCUCUCAAUCUGACUGCCACUCAGGCCUGCCUUCUCCACCUCUGCUGUGCUCCUGGGAGGCACCAUGGUGGCAGGACAGCCGGAGUGGAGAGGGCCACUGUGAUGCCCGGGGUCUCAGGGCCCUGGCUGUCCCCGGCUGUGCACCCCAGGCAGGACAGAGGCAGAGGCUUCUAGACAGCAGCUGCUCAGCCCCUGAACAAGGAAGACCCAAGGUGGUCGUCCUGCCCCCUGCCCAGCUGCCCUGUUCAGAGCUCACUCUCUCCACCUGACCCCCAUCCUGCCUCCCAUCUCCCUGCAAUGCUACCUUUCCCUCCUGGCCACUCCUUCCUCAAACCGGUGCCUCCUCUGGAUCAAAGGGACAUAGACCUAUUAGCAAAAGCAAAUAACAGUUCUAUAGGCUGCAGCCUGGGGGCUACCCAAGCAAAUUCCCACCACCUCAAUCCCUUCCUGCAGGGGGUACAGGAAGUCAGGCAGACCCAGGCUCUGGGCUCUGUGGAGAGGCCGCCACUCUCAGCCCACCUCAGCCCUUCUCUGCCUUGGCCUUGACUUGUGGGUUCAGUGUGAUGGCCACCUGGGGCGCUGGCAGUGAACUAAGCAGCUUCUGCUCCCCCAGGACUGGGGCCUGUGGGGAGGGAGAGAAGAGGCUCCCCAUUCUCAGGGCCAGGACACCUCCCUGGGGCUGGGGCUAGGGAAUCAGCUCCAGACUGUUGGGUGAAGGCACGACACUAAAAAUAUGGCUGUCACUAGUCACACUCCAACAACGAUGCCCUUACUGGGAUUUGACAUUCCUUCAGUUCUGCAUGUGUGGCCCUUUAAAAAGACAGGUGCGGGAUGGACGGAGAGAACUCCUCAGUGUCAGCCCUGGGAAUUCCUAAUCUAACCAAGUGCACGAACCACAGAGAAAUCUGGACUAUUUCCUCUUACUGAUGUCAAGGCUUCCAAAAGCACUUGUCUGCUUCUCCUUUUCCCUAGUUUUGCCCCCCAGUCAAGGUGAACAGGAAACCACGGUAUAGAACCUGGGGGUGAGAGCAGCCUUCAGCCUCCCCACUGGGUGGUGUCCCUGGGUCCUAGUGAGCUGCCCUGAGAAAGGGAUGACUCCACCCUCCUCUCCACAGACACAUAAACCUCCUAAAGGGCUGGUCCCCAUGGGUUUAGGAGAGUUUGUUCCGGAAGGUGAGGAUAAGCCAGCCAGAAAGGAGGAAAUUAGUCUUAAGCAGAGCAGUUGAUCACUCCCAGAAACAAGACAGGUGUCUCCCCACUGGGCCCCUAAGCCCAGCACCCUUGCAUCCUCUAAUUCUUGGUUGUCCCUUUAAAGGCAGUUCACUGGUAGAGAGGGCAGCGGACCAGAGUGGGUGAGAAUGCCCCUCCCAGGUGUCUGCACACCAGACCAGAGUGCUGAUCCCACCGCCCUGCUUCCAUGUUCUCCAGCCCUCAGGGCAAUGCUUUUCCCCAGGGCCCUCCCGGGUUGACUGUGACAAGGUGUCUGUCUGUCUCAGGGGUUGUUUGAUAGGUUGAUUCCAAAACAUUUCUCAUCCCAUCCUUGGCACUGUCUGGUUUUAAGCCUCUGAUGUCAGUCAGAUAGGAAAAUUCUGCUGAACGCUUCUUUUGAAGGAUUUCUUCCACCGCACCCUUGGGUAUGGAAGAGAAAAAUGGAGGGAAGGAGAGAGGAGAGGAGAGAAGUAGGGAGGGUAUUAAAAAAAGAGACAGACCUUCUCCGAUUCAGUCCCCCAUUUUUCCAAAUCCAGAAAACAAUGUCAUCCCUGGGACACAGAGGUA